GCCUAUUUCAUGUUACUACGAUGCGUCAUUUGCUUUUGCCUGCUUUACUUGUUUUCCCAUAAGCCGCCACUUGAAGUGGUUCUUUUAACUAGGGUUUAGAGGAGUAGUAUUUUGGAAAAUACUUUUAAUCUAACCUUAUUUUGGAAAAUAUUUUUUUAAUUAACAUUAUUUUUGGAAUAAACUCUAAGUUAUUGGAUGGAAAAGGAAUUUAAAAUUGAUAUCGUAUGAUAUGUGGUGGGCGGUGUGAUCCUUGACUAACUAAGUAUCAAUAUUAAUUUAAGGGAAAAUUGUCAAAUAGAUCCCGUACUAUUUCAAAAAAGUCAAUUGAAUCUUUGUACUUUAAAAUCGAUCAAUCAAGUCCUUCAACUAUAAAAAACGUUCAAUUUUACUUUUUACCCGGUUGAUUUAGGAUGCAACCGGUAAAUGCUGACAUGUAUAUCUACGUGGAAUUAAGUUUUCACUUUUUUUCUUUUUCUUGCUUUCUUCCUUCUUGGGUUCUUCCUGUUCCCUUCUUCAGCCCUCCUGCAACCGUAGUCUAUUUCUCUUUUUCGUUUUCUUUUCUUCCUUCCUUCUUUCUGAUCCUUGAGACCCCUACUUCUUCCUCUGUUCUUUGCUUGACGACUUUCCUUUCUCUGUCCAUCUUCACAAACCGCCAGUCCGCCACCCACCCCAAUCGCACAAAUCGUAUUUUUGUUUCUCUAAAUAUGGGGGUUUAAAUAUGUGAAGAAGAAAAAAGGGAUUGGAUGAGAAUGCCCAGGGAGCGAGAAGUGGGAAUAAGAAUUUAAGG